AUGGUUAGCGCACUUAAGUCGGAUUUCUUCGGCCGGUUCUGCCACAACCGCACCUUCCCUGCCCGCUACCGCGCAUUCCACCGGACGCCUCCCGGGCUCGGCGCCUUCUGGGGGGACGCGGUCUUCGUCCCCGCCGCGUCGUUCCGCCCGCCUGCCGCCGACCACAGCGGCUGCAGCGUGCUCGACUGCCGCCACGACCGCGUGCUCCUCGAGAACCUCGGCUCCGGGGGCCUCUCCGUUUGGGACCCUAUCACCGGCGACCUGCGCCGCCUCCUGGAGGCGCCCGACACCUUCUCGCUCGUCUGCAAUGGCGCGGUGCUCUGCGCCGCGACCGCGGGCGCCCACUGCGAGUGCGACCACCUCGCCUGCCACGGGGGUGCCUUCCUCGUGGCCUUGAACGGCGCGUGGAGCGCGCUGACCUCCGCUCUGAUCGAUAACAUUUACCAGCUCCCGCCGGACUACACCACCUCCUGCAUCACCAUCGACAAUGUGCCCGCCGCGCUCAUGGGGAACGAACCCUACUUCAUCGGUGACUUCGGCAAUGAGAUCCUGCGGUGCGACCUGGUCGGGGAAAACCUCGCCGUGGUCGAUCCGCUGGAUGUGGAGACUUGCUACGACGGCGUCGUCGUCAUGCCAGAGGAGAACGGCAGGCUAGGAUUCGCCUUCGUGAAGGCCAACAACCUCCAUCUGUGGUUGAUGAAGACGGGUCCUGAUGGAUACGGCCGAUGGGAAAAGCGCAGGGUCAUCGAUCUGGAGACGUUGUUCCCAAUUCUCAACCUCUCACCGUAUUUGAGUGGCUUUGUGGAUGCAAUCAACUGCAUUGUUGUGACAACAGAUGAUGCUCUUUACACCAUUGAGCUCAAGACAUUACUGACAAGGAAGGUGUGCAAGACGGAGAAACCCUACUCUUAUUGCUGUCUCUACAGUAGUUUCUACAUUCCAGCAUGUGCUAGUGGAAUACUUGCAGCACCUGUGGCGCAUGGAGACUGAGUGAACUUCUGUGAGCCAUUUCAGGACAUAACCAGGCAAAUGGAAUGCAAAUCCAUCACUGUGCAGUGCUGAUGUUGUCCGGUGUUUUAUUUCCCACUAAGUAUUUGAGCAAAUCUAUCAUAUGCAGAGCUGAGGCUCAUGAGAAAGUUUCAGAGAAGAAUAGUAUCAGCAGUUAUCUUGGUCGACUAACAUUCUUCAAAUCAAAAUUUCUGUUUGUAUGAAUCAAAAACUAUGUUUCAGUUUAUUGCAGUCGUGAGUCUUUUACCGGUCCGUGUGUGGUGCAACUACUAGAAAGUAGAAACUGAAUAUGCCAUGUUUUGCUUGAAAACUGUAUCACUGCUGUUCAAUUUUGGACAAGGUUCCAAAAUAUCAGUCAUCAUGGCUAAUCUGGUUCGUUUAUCAUCAUGAUUAUUACUUAAGAACUGUAUUUUAAUUGUAUAUUUCUGCU